CGUACCGUACGUGUCUCUUCUCUAGCUAGAGAGAGUGGCUAGUGAGAGAGAGACUCUGGAGAGAGGAGAGGGAAAGAGAAAGGACAGGGCGAGUGCAAAGCUUGCAACUUUCCGUUUCUGCCCACGCCAAAGCGGCCAACAAAAAGGGCGACGUCCUGGCUGCAGUGGCUGUGCCUGCCUGCGCCGUCGUUGCCUCGCAUUUACCACUCACCCUCUCCUCUCCAUUCGUCUCCUCCCCUUUCGUCAGAACCGAGAAGAACACAAGCAACCACCCACGCAGGCACACUUGUUUGUUCGCCGCUUUCGCUUUCUCUGCCGCCCGGUGAUUUGCCCUGCCGCUUUCUUCCUCCCCCUGCUCGCGCUCGCGGCGGCGUCGUCCUCCCGUCUACCUGCUCUUCUUUCUGCUGCAAGGAUUCGAGGAGAUGCAGAUAGGAGGUUGUAAGAGAAACGAGAGUGAAGGUGGACAUCACAAGGCAGCAUUGAGGCAGAAGAAGUUGAAGGCUAAGACCUUGAAGCGGAGAUCAAGCAACAGCGACAUGAACGGCAAGGCAGAUGCAGGAGGGACCUAUGAUGAUACAGUCCUCUGCUCACUGAGUACAGCCAGCUUCAGGAGCCUGAUUAGUAGGAAAAGGGUUGCCGGGCACUGUGAUUCUGUUGAUCCACCAGUUCCAAGAAAAUUAAGAUCAGCCAUAAAUAAGAGAGUCGGGCGAUUUGUUUCUGCAUCAUCGCGGCAUGUCAAGAAGAUACGUCAUCUUUCGGCUAUCAGCGCUCAGGUUUCUUUUGUGGAUCAGGAAACAAGAUUCAAUGAAAGCUCGCAGUUAUUUACAGAAGAGGAGGAAAUAAUCGCUGAUGCUUUGCUGUCCCUAUCUCAAAUACACUCUCUUUGUGAACUCGCGGCUGACAAGGCUGUAGCAGAUAGCUCAAACAUAAAUAUUGCUUCAACUUCUUAUUCAGAAGUAGCUAGUAAGGAUGGCGACAAAAUAGUCAUACUGCCAAGUGCUGCUAAUGAAUUGGCUAGCCGAGCUGCCUGCAUAGAUGAACUAGUGGGACGAACCGGCAGCAGCGUUCCACAUGUAAAUCCAGUGCCUGAUGGUACAGAUCAACUCAACAACAUAAAUCCACCUUUGUCAGAAAAUGAGCAAAUACAGGACCUUUCUUUGGGAAUUGUCGCUAAUGUGCCAAGCCCACCUAAAGACUCCUCCAAUAACAGAGCGCGAAAGCAUCUGAAAGUGCAAUUUGAUGAUAGUCUAAGUUAUCCAGCACAGAAGCCGGAGGCUCCUCUUUGGCUGGUAAAUGUUAACAACUCUGAUAGCGCGCCACAUGAAAGGGAGAAGGCCAAGAAUAACAGUGCACAAGAAAUUGUGCCUUUGGUCCAGUCUCCACUGCCUUGUACCCCAGAUGGAUACUUAAUAAAGCCCUCUUCAAGCGAAUCGUCAGCUCGGGCAAAUACUAUUUCUGAAACUUGUAAAUUUACUGCAGCUGGAAAUCAUGGCAAGCUUUCCCAGGUUAAAAAUGCCGGCCCAACAAAGGCAUGGAAGAGAAGUAUUACCCAUGUCUAUGUGAGUCAUAUAAUCCAAAUGCAUUUGAACAAGGAGAAGGCAUCACAAAACCAAGUAAAACCAGAGGAAAUGUCACACAUCCGCACUUCAAGGUCUCCAAACGGCUCUACCUUACACAAGAACAAUGCACAAGAUGAUACAUUCUACGCCGUGCAUUUCGAUGUACGGCUCCCAGUUCAGCCAUCUACUGGCGUCUGCGACAUGAGUGCUGGUCGGCUAAAGAUCGUCGGUGGUAAUUUCCUGAACCUGCCCACUUCGACGGCGCUACCAGGGGCGCAACAUGUUCAGUAUAUGCAUCCUCAGAUCGCACCCCGGACUGCGAUGCCAUACCCGUUUCCGCAUCUUCCUUAUAGCAGAGGGAAUUUAGCACCUGCUGCAGCACUUCAACAGCAGAUGCCACAGUACAUGUGCAAUCCGGGCUACGCUCCGCGCCCCGGCCAUCCCCCGAGCUCAUCAGCCAUGAUGAAGCUUCAUCAGCAGCAGCAGCAGAUGUGGCAGUUUCAAAUCCCUCACUACCAACCAAGGACGGAUGCUGCGCCACCAGCAGCAUGGCACAACAUGUCUUCCCUGCGUCCGAUGUCCAUGCUUCCUCCCCCGGCGAUGCCACCGCAGAUGGAGCUCUUCUGCGCGCCGUAUCAGGGCGGCAGCAGGCAGCCACAGCAGCUCAGGUUGAUCUAGUCUUCUAGCGUUUAGACGCACGCACUAAUUUACUGGGAUGCUGCUGAUGCAGAAGUGCGGUGUUAAACUUACAGAAGAGAAUCCAUGCUGCUGCUGCUGCUGUGUUUAACUUAGCAACAAGAGGAUUGUGUUCGGGCUGGAGGGGGCUGAACUAUAAUUAACAAAAAUUGCAGUGCAGUUGCAUAAUACAACUCUCUCUCUCUCUCUCUCAGUUUUGGCAAUCUUGUUCUUUCCAUUGCUAAAAAAUUGGAGCUGAGUUGACACAAUUGUAGCUGGUUCUAGCGCGAGGUACCACUGGAGGCCGCAGAUUGAUCGUCCCUACCUCGGUAAUUCUAGGCUUGGUUUGUGCGCAUUUGCCAUGGGUGUACUGUACUGUAGUCGAAAAAAAUAGUUCGACGAAAAGAGAUUGAAUAAGAAUGUAUGGAUGCGUGAAUUUUUUUUAGAUUGCUUCCCAUGGGUAGCGCAUUUGUUAGAAAGGCCUUCGACGACUCGGGUUAGAUCGUUCGAUUGUCCACAAAUUUAGGGGCAUUAUGUUUUUGGCAUC